UACAACGCUCUCGAUCAGCAGACGAUUUAUUUCUAUCUUACGGAGUUCCCGAAGAUAAUAAGUCGAAGCAUCACGCGUUUCUCGUGAUACAAACACGUGAAUUUAAUGUAACCGUCGUUUAAGAGAUUGAUACUUGUUUUGUGCGGACUACUAAUACACUAACAACGGUAUGAUUAGGAAGCACUAUGUGUGUAUUGCUUCAUAGACGUUCUGCUGUAAAAUUGAAUACAGAUAAAGUAGUCAGACUGAUUUCAAGUGGUGUAUAAAAUUUGUGAUAACGAGCUAUUUGUUGUACCGAGUUUCUCGUUAUUACAAGAACCUCUGAUUUCUAUGUUAUAAAGGAUACAGCCAUGAACGCAGUCUCACAUCUUACAAUUGAGAGAACACAGAAGGCACUGGAUACUAUACGCGGCAGAUUUGACGCCGAGUCCGAAAGACUAGAGAUAAUUACGCCUGACCGCUACAAUGACGCCUUUGCAAUCUUGAAAGACCAUUUCAUACCCGAUGAACCGCUGGGUUGGGCGUUUGGAGUCAAGUGGCAUCAGGAAUUUCAAGACGUUUGUAAAAAGGCAUUGAGUGACAACUGCUCUCUGUGUAUGAUUUCCAAAGGGAACAACGAAAUUAUGGGAAUCCGUUUGAUCGAAUACACGUCCGCCUCCGACCCUCCACCCAACUUCGAUUUCAUGACGUACGAAGAAUUCAAGGGGCUCUUUAAGUUUCUGACCCACAAAAGUAAAGAGGUGGAUUUCUUCAAUCGGUAUGGCGUCGACGAGGCCUUGCAUUUCUUUACGCUCGGGGUUCACAAAAGUACCGUCGCAUGGGCCUUGGUUCCAGGUUGCUUGAGGCAGGCGUUGCCCUUGGUAAGGAGUUGGGAUUUAAAGCGAUUAGAGGGGAGGCGACGUCCAACUUCUCUCAGCGAAUUUACCAGAAAGCGAAGUUUGAAUGCAUUCUGGACAUGCCGUAUGACGAGUACACGUUCAGGGGAAAGAAGCUCAGUGAAUCAACCGGAGAACAUAAAAUGGCCAAAGUAUUUGGGUUGAAAUUAUGAAAAUACGUGGACGUGGUUAAUGGAUAAAUAAAACGAAAUUAUAAAUGUGUAAUUGAUAUUGAUUCUGUAUCACGUAUUCUCACGUAUUUCGAUAAUGACUUGAUUGAAGUCAACUCAUCUAUUAGAACUGUUCAUUGUUUUCCUGUCCUUUUUUGUCAAUGACAAUUUGAGCUACGUUCUGAAAAAAAACGUUGCUUAAUGCAUGUGCGUAAAGUGUCGUCCUAGAAUAGGCUGUGCAGUCCGCACAGGCUAAUCAGGGACGACACUUUACGCCUUAAUUGGAUUUUCAUGAGAAGAGAUUUCAUCCAAACGAAAAAUGUCAUAACAGCGGAAAGUGUCGUCCCUGAUUAGUCUGUGCGGACUGCAUAGGCUAAUCAGGGAAUACAUUUUACGCACAUACAUUAUGCCCAGUUUUCUCAGAACACGACUCAUUUCAUAUCCAGCGUUUUUAAUCAUUCUGCUCAAAGUCAUUCUGAUCACAAUUACUACCCAUCAAUAUGGCUAUAUAUGGCUAUAGUACAAUUUUGUUAACACUAUAGAGGCCACAUUUAUUGUCUGAUCUUCAUGAAACUUGGUCAGAAGAUUCAUCCCAAUAAUAUCUUGGACGAGUUCGAAAAUGAUGCCGGUUAGUUGAAAAAAUAUGGCCGCCAGAGGGCGGGCAUUUUUUCCUUAUAUGACUAUUUAUGGAUAUACAGUCGAAACUGACCUUACGGCCACCUGAGAAUAACGGUCGCCUGCAGACAACGGUCAGUCUGGAUUCCCCCCCCCCCCCGACGAAAAUCACUAUAUUACACUUGAGAAUAACGGUCACAUGUCUAUAACGGCCAAGGGCCACUAUAUUCCACUCCGAAAUUCAUGUUUGAACUGAAAACAACACCCACGCUGUUCUCAGGUUUGACUUUAGUAAAAUCUUGUUAACACUCUAGUCUCUAGAGGCCACAUUUAUUGUCCGAUCUGCAUGAAACUUGGUCAGAAGAUUCAUCCCAAUAAUAUCUUGGACGAGUUCAAAAAUGAUGCCAGUUGGUUGAACAAACAUGGCCGCCAGGUGGCGGGGCAUUUUUCCUUAAAUGGCUUUAUGAAAACGUUGUUAACACUCUAGAGGUCACAUUUAUUUUCCGAUCUUCAUGAAACUUGGUCAGAAGAUUUGUCCCAAUGAUAUCUUGGAUGAGUUCGAAAAUGGUUUCGGUUGCUUAAAAAACAUGGCCACCAGGGGGCGGGGCAUUUUCCUAAUAUGGCUAAAUAUCAUGCUUUAGUAAAACCUUGUUAACACUCUAGAGGACACAUUUAUUGUCCGAUCAUCAUGAAACUUGGUCAGAUGAUUUGCCCCAUUGAUAUCUUGGAUUAGUUCGAAAAUGGUUCCGGUUGGUGGAAAAAACAUGGCCACCAAGGGGGUGUGGCAUUUUUCCUUAUAUAGCUAUAGUAAAACCUUGUUAACACCCUAGACGCUAUAUUUAUUGUACGAUCAUCGUGAAACUUUGUCAAAAGAUUUGUCCCAAUGAUAUCUUGGACAAGUUCGAAAAUGGUUCCAGUUGGUUGAAAAACAUGGCCGUCAGUGGACGGGGCAUUUUUUCUUAUAUGGACUUAUGAAUCUUCAUGUCAGUAUAUUUGUUUAAAUGAUAUCUUGGAUGUGUAUGAAAAUGGUUCUGGUCUGUUGAAAAACGUGGCUGUCAGGGUGUUCACUAGUCAUGCAAGUUGGUGAGAAUAUUUUGUUCUAAUGACAUCAGUUCCUUUGAUUCUCAGGUAAGCGACUUUGGGCCUUUCAGGCCCUCUUGUUUCUGGUUACUCCAGCUCCCCUCUCCCGCAGCAACACCAUAUCAACAGUCUUCAAGUAACAACUAAAUAACUGGAAAAUAGCAGCUAAAAUUAAAAAUUCGUCCCAACUUUCGUGAGUCUAGUAAAUUAAUUAGGUGGAGUGCUGGAACACACUCCGAGUACACACAUAUUGCAGGCUCAGACGCGGAAGAACCUCGUUAUAAUUCAAAAUACAGACAUGCACACAAGUGAUCACAGUUCCGCUUGAUCUCAUUGAAUUUGCAAAGGAUCUUUGUCUAAGAAUGUAAAUAAAUCAAUAAAUAACGCCGUAUAUCUUUUUGGCGUAGCUGUCUACGCUUAAUUAUGACAUCGAUUUCAUGAAAUAAUUUAUGGCAGCGGCAACAUAACACACCAAUCGAGUCGCGCAGUUUCCGACAUUAAGGAAAUACAAACUAACUGUUGUUGUUCAACGUCUAUGAUUUCUGUUGUAUAUUUGAUUACCUGUAUGUAAACAAAUUCAUGAGACAAAACGAAUGAUAAAGUUCAAAGCUAA